AUGGCGGCGAAUUGCUGCGUUGUCGCCUGGCUGGUAGCCGAUUUCACGUUGAGGCCAGCCCGUGGUGUGCGGCAAGUAAGUGUUACGCCGUCACCAUCCCCGGAACCUCCCCCACGCUUCGUGAACCGACCCGUGGAGAGCAAGCGUCUCUCCGAGUCGCCCGUCAGGCGCUCGCCGGAACGGGCAUCGAAGGGCAAGGGCAAAGGCGAGGUUGAUACUUGGCGAGCUGACUUCGAAGAGGCCUGGCUCUUGGAUCGCACUGCGAUGAGAAGCAAAGCUUUCUUCUCCUUCCUGACGAUGUACCCCCGCUCUCCCUCGCCGCAACGGGAGAAGGAGCCGGAAGCGGAGGCUCCAGCUCAGAUGACAAAGGAAGAGCAGAAGCGCAAUGACCGCUUCCAAGACAACAUCAAGAAGGCAGUGAAGACGGAAGCCAAGGAGCUUAAGAAGAUAGAGAAGGAGAAAGGCAAGGAGAUGAAGGGCACAGAGCCGGAGGAGAAGGACGACAAGAAAGAGAAGAAGGACAAAAAGGACAAGGGGAAAAAGGAUAAGAAAGGGGGCAAGGAGGACGCAGAGGAGUCAGCCGAAAAGCAGGACAAGAAGUCCAAGAAAGAGAAGAAGGAGGAAGCCGAAAGGAAAGAGGAAGAGGAGGAAGACCGCAAGCAGCAGCACAAAGAUAAAAAGGUCAAAGAGAAGGAGAAGGAAAAGGAGAAAGCCAAGGGCAAAGACAAGAAGGAGAAGAAAAAGAAGAAGAAAGAAUCUUCGUCAUCGUCUUCACCUUCUAGCGACGAGGAUGCUGAUAGCAGCUCCGGAGAAACUGUCAUGGAGGAGCAGGUAGAGUGGGUGGAAAUUCGUCCCAGCACUGCUGGCGAUUCCAAGUAUGCUGCAGGCUACAACUAUGACUCCGAGGAUGAAGGCUUCGGGCCCAUGCCGGCGACACAGCAGGAGCUCCUCAACAACAUGUCUCAGAGCAAGGGCUCCUACGGAGGCUACCUGCUCCCGGGAGAGGGAGAUGCCAUGGCCGAGUAUGUGAAGAGCGGCAUGCGAAUCCCUCGUCGAGGAGAGGUGGGCAUCACAGCCGACCAGAUUGAGAACCUCGAAGACCUGGGUUAUGUCAUGAGCGGAUCCAGGCACCGGCGAAUGAAUGCCGUGCGUAUCCGAAAG